UCAUCAUCUGAACUAUUACCUAAAGCAUCAUGCAGUCACCCGGGAAAUCUCUGAAGGAAGCUCUGCUCUGCGCUCAGGCUGAGGAGCGACUCACUGUUGGAGUCUACGAAAGCGCUAAGAUCAUGACUGAGGAUCCAGACAGCGUGUCUUUCUGCGUCCUGGCCACCGACCAUGAGUUUGACAUCGCUCUGCAGAUCCACUUCACCCUCAUCCAGUCCUUCUGCUUUGACAACGACAUCAGCAUCGUGAGAGUGAGCGACAUGCAGCGUCUGGCUGAGAUCGUUGGAGACAAGGCGGAGCAGCUUGAAGAUGCCCACUGCGUCCUCAUCACGAACCCAGCUGAAGGGUCUUGGGAGGACCCUGCUCUGGCGAAGCUGCACCUGUUCUGUGAGGAGAGCCGCAGUCUCAACGACUGGGUUCCUGAGAUCAGCCUCCCCGGGCGCUGAUCGGGCCUCGGCUCCUCUCUAUGCUCAGAUGCUGUUAAAGCUUCUCAUCUAGGAAUACUCAUCCUGACGGAUGACCCUGUUUCUGCUCAUCCCUGGAUACUCCUGAGGAGGAUUUCCGUCCAGGCAGCACGGCGCCGGCCCAAGGUGGCCCCCCGUGAACCGUCGCCUCUUGUCCCGUCCAUGCCAAGAUGACUCUCCUUCUUUAUGUGAAUGAGAGUCCGGUAUGCCACAAGAGCGACGCAUCGACCCUCAUUCUUUGUGUG